AUAUAGGCAUGCUAGUAUUAAUGGGGAUUCCAGUGAAAGGUCUUAUUGCCUUGGAAUUGAGGUGGUUGUCGUUGAAGAAGAGGGUUCAGCAUCAUUAUUUGGCAAACAUGAAGAUUUCAACACGCUUUCUGCUAAUGUUUUUUGUUGCUUUGGGUAUCAUCUUCAUGUGUGUGUAUCAACCAGCACACUUGUUCGGGAUGGAGUUUGAAGUUCGUGUUAUCAAUGGCUUCUCCAACAACUCAUCGCUGCCUUUAGUGAUCUGGUGCAUAUCACAACAGGAUGGAGAUAUGGGGGGCCGUGCCCUGCAGGAAGGUGACGAUUUUGGAUGGAGGCUCAAGACCAAUAUCUGGGGUAAUUCUCAUUACUUGUGUACAAUGAAAUGGGAUGCCAAGAGGAGGAGUUUUGAUGCCUUUAAGGUUCCUAGAGACAGUCAACGGUGUGCUCCUCUUAACAAAUGUUCUUGGCUGGUUAAAGAGGAUGGGUUCUACUUUAGCAGUGAUGAAGUCAAUUGGAAGAAAGACUUCUCCUGGUAUUGAUUUUGCAUGCCAACCCAUGCUUUUGCGUGCAGAUAAAAACCUUAUCUUGUCUGUCAAUGUAAACAGAACUUUCGUUGUCUUCCUUUUUUUUUUUUUUCGCUAUUGCUAUAUGAGCAGAACAGUUUUGUCCAUUGAGAUCUUAAUGGUGGGCUUGGCCUUGACGGAGAAAGAAUAAAAUUUGAUUAAAUUCUGAGGCACACAUAUGCCUUAUGGAAGCUGAAAACAAA